CGCAAAUCCAUCGUCUCCUCUACUCCUACUAUUCCUCCUCCUCCGCCGCCCUCGUCGUCGUCGUCGUCGUCGUCGUCGUCUCCGAGUGCGACCCCCGCCGCUGCCCCCCAUCAGAAACCGUGGGAGGACUCCUCGAAUCCGCCGCCGCCCCCGCCCCCGCGGCAUAAAGCUGCGCGCCCCGUACGUGCUGCCCCCGCUCAGUGCGGGGAUCCCGCGCUGGCGCUCGCCCAUCGGAAGGAGCUCCCCGGCCGCUCCUCCGUCGUCGUGCGGCGCGUUGGAUUUGGUGUCCGAGGUGAGAUUUGAGGCGCAAAAGUUUCCAUCGGGUUACGAAAUGGACAUGGCAUUGCCGGUAGUGAAUGCCACUGCAGCAGUGCUUGCUCGUGUCUCAGCUGCAUUCAAUGCCCCUUUUGCCCGCGCGGUUGUCUUUGGGGUUCAUAUUGAUGGACACCUGGUUGUUGAAGGGCUUCUUAUAGCAGUCAUAGUGUUUCAGCUUUCCAGGAAGAGCUACAAACCACCGAAGAAGCCACUCAGUGAAAAGGAGAUUGAUGAGCUAUGUGAUGAAUGGGAGCCAGAACCUCUGUGUCCUCCGAUCAAGGAUGGGGCACGAAUUGACGCACCAAUGCUGGAAAGUGCCGCUGCACCACAUACCACUAUUGAUGGGAAAGAAGUUAUAAACUUUGCAUCAGCAAAUUAUCUUGGUUUGAUUGGCAAUGAGAAGAUUAUUGAUUCUUGUGUUGGUUCACUGGAGAAAUAUGGUGUUGGAUCAUGUGGUCCACGUGGCUUUUAUGGAACAAUUGAUGUCCACCUUGACUGUGAGUCAAAAAUAGCAAAGUUUCUUGGAACUCCAGACUCAAUUCUGUAUUCAUAUGGGAUUUCUACAAUAUUUAGUGUUAUACCUGCCUUUUGUAAGAAAGGAGACAUCAUAGUUGCUGAUGAAGGUGUGCACUGGGCAGUGCAAAAUGGUCUUCAUCUGUCAAGAAGUACCGUUGUUUAUUUUAAACACAAUGAUAUGGCUUCACUUGCACACACUUUGGAAAAGCUUACACGUGGAAAUAAACGAGCAGAAAAGAUCAGGCGAUACAUUGUUGUAGAAGCUAUCUACCAGAAUUCUGGUCAAAUUGCCCCUUUGGAUGAGAUUGUCAGAUUGAAGGAGAAAUACCGAUUCCGUGUUAUUCUGGAGGAAAGCCAUUCUUUUGGUGUGCUUGGCCAGUCAGGACGAGGCCUUGCUGAACAUUAUGGAGUUCCAAUUGAUAAAAUUGAUAUUAUCACUGCUGGAAUGGGAAAUGCAUUAGCUACUGAUGGUGGUUUCUGUACAGGAAGUGUUAGAGUUGUUGAUCAUCAGCGUCUAAGCAGUUCUGGUUAUGUUUUCUCGGCUUCUCUACCACCUUAUCUUGCCAGCGCUGCAGUUUCUGCGGUCAACUUCCUGGAGGAUAACCCAUCAGUUCUUUCAGAUCUGAGGAGCAACAUUGCUUUCCUGCAUAAAGAACUGUCAGAUACUCCAGGGCUUGAAAUCUCAAGCCAUGUUCUGUCACCUAUUGUCUUCCUUAAGCUGAAGAAACCAACGGGUUCAUCAAACACUGACAUAGAUCUGCUUGAAACUAUUGCUGAGAGGGUCCUGAAGGAAGAUUCAGUUUUUGUUGUGGCAUCAAAGCGAUCCACUUUGGACAGGUGCAAACUUCCUGUCGGAAUCCGCCUCUUCGUAUCAGCCGGUCACACCGAAUCUGACAUCUCCAGAAUGUCCUCGUCCUUGAAACGGGUCUCAGAAUCUGUUCUUUCAGAAUACAUCUGAUCCCAAUUCCCGUGAAGGCGAACUCACCCUUUCUCUACAAGUUGUAUAAUCUGUGUAACUGUGUAUGUUUGGUAAAUGUACAUAUCCUGUGCAUUUUUAGGUUCCGAUGAUUCCCGUUGUCGCUCAUAGUUACAAACAAAAAUACAACUAUAUAACUUCCUUUUUUUGUAUGUGUUUUUGUAGAACAGUGAAGUUAUAGUGGUUUGUCUUAUAUGUAUCGGUCGACUCGGUAGUAAUUUUGACCUUUAUCAGCAAUGGGUAUAUCA